AUAUCGAUCACACAAAACACAGAUAAAAAUAUCUCUCCCCACCUUUCAUAAAACCCUCGUGUCGUAUUUUCUCUAGAGUUUGCAUAUCCCGUCAUGGCCAUGAUGCCGACCAGCAAGAUGAUGCCAACCAGCAAGAUGAUGCCGCCCGCCAUGCAGAGGCUGAUCAAGGGCGGGGAUCGGAGCAUGAUCACGAUGUCCGACGACAACGUGAUGAUGAAGCAGGUCAUAGAGACUCACAACCCCGACGGCCGCGAGGUUGAUGUGAAGCCGCUCCUCCGUCUUGUCGAGGACAUCCUCAACCGCGCUACCUUGAAUGCUGGCACUGUCGCCACCAUGGGAUCACCAGCGCAGACGGAAAACAUGGAGGACAAAACUAACCAGGCCAGCUACAGCGACGUACUCGACGCGUUGUCCUAUAUCAUCGAUCGGGUUUCCUGCGAGCUAAACAUGAAAGCACUGAAUGGGGGUGACGCACACGCGACCACGCUCUCCAUAUUCAAGUUGCUCACCCCCUUCUCGUGGGACGCCAAGCUGGUGCUGACACUGGCGUCCUUCGCCAACAACUAUGGCGAGUUCUGGCUCUUGGCCCAGAUCUACUCCUCCAACCAGCUCGCCAAGUCGAUGGCGAUCCUGAAGCAGCUGCCCAUGAUCAUGGAGCACUCGGGUGCGCUGAAGUCCCUGUUCGACGCGCUCGACAGCCUCAUCCAGGCCAUGCUUAAAGUCACGAGGUGCGUGGUGGACCUCACGGAACUUCCCUCAGCUUACAUCUCCAGUGAGGUCCCCGCGUUGUCAGCCGCCAGGGACCAAGUCCCAACUGCCGUUUACUGGACCAUAAGGAGCGCUGUGGCUUGUGCUAGCCAGAUCACCAGCCUCACUAGCCAUGGCCUUGAGUACAUAACAUCCACAACUGAGCAAUGGGAGCUAUCAACGUUGGCUCACAAACUGAUGAACAUAUAUGAACAUUUGCGGGAGCAAAUUACCAUAUGUUCCCAACACAUUGAGGAAAAGCGGCUUGUCGAAGCCUAUCAGACUCUCCUGAAGCUCAUUGAAACCAUCCACAUUGACAAUAUGAAGAUCCUGAAGGCUCUGAUUUAUCCCAAGGAUGAUAUUCAGCCACUUGUUGAGGGGACUACAAAGAAAAGGGUCAGCAUCGAAGUCCUGAGGAGGAGGAACGUGUUGCUGCUGAUCUCGGGGCUGGACAUCUCGCAGGAAGAGCUGUCCAUCCUGGAGCAGAUCCACAGCGAGUCCAAGUUGCAUGCGACACGGCAGGAGAUGCACCAGUAUGAGCUGGUGUGGAUCCCCGUGGUGGACCGCUCAGUCCAGUGGACCGACCCAACGCAGAAGCACUUCGAGGCCUUGAAAUCCACAAUGCCGUGGUACACCGUGAACCACCCAAGCCUGAUCCACAAGGCGGUGAUCCGGCUCAUCAAGGAGAAGUGGCACUUCAGGAACAAGCCCAUCCUGGUGGUGCUUGACCCACAAGGCAGGGUUGUGUGCCCCAAUGCCAUUCACAUGAUGUGGAUUUGGGGAAGCAAUGCCUUCCCUUUCACUACACUGAGAGAGGAGGCUCUGUGGAAGGAAGAGACAUGGAGGCUUGAGCUUCUUGUCGAUGGCAUUGAUCAAACAAUUCUGAAUUGGAUUAAAGAAGGCAAGUACAUAUUCCUGUACGGCGGCGAUGAUAUCGAGUGGAUCCGCAAGUUCACCGUGGCGGCACGCCUGGUCGCAUCAGCCGCGAGGAUUCCCUUGGAGAUGGUCUAUGUGGGCAAGAGCGGCAAACGAGAGCAACUGCGGCGCGUGAUCGAGACCAUCAACCUUGAGAAACUGAGCUACACCUGGCAGGACCUGACCAUGGUGUGGUACUUUUGGACCCGGCUCGAGUCGAUGUUCUUCUCGAAGAUCCAGCUGGGGAAGACGGACGAGUACGACCCCGUGAUGCAGCAGAUCAAGAGGCUGCUCAGCUUCGACAAGACCGGGGGGUGGGCUGUGCUGGGCCGGGGGUCGAGCAUCAUGGUGAGUGGGCACGGGACCACUGUCCUGCCUGCGCUGCUGGAGUACGACGCGUGGAAGGUGCACGUGGCGACCAAGGGGUACGACGUGGCGUUGAAGGAGCACCACGACAAGAUCCAAGACGUGACGCACCCUUGCUGCCGGUUCGAGUUCCAGAGCACGACGGGAAGGAUCCCGGAGAGCAUGCGGUGCCCCGAGUGCAAGAGACUCAUGGAGAAGCUCACCACCUUCGUCUGCUGCCACGAUGAGGUUGUUCCCAGCAUCUAUGAGUGAUCAAUCAAUCAAAGCCUUUAUAUGGAGAAGUGACAUAUGAAUGUCUUGUGGGACUUAAUAAAAAGCCACGUGUGUGCUUGAAUUUGCUUGCUUUGAUUUGUGUCUGGAGUGUGAAGGAUGAUGUCCAAUAAUCAACACCCGAUGUUUGAGAUUAAAUAAGAAUAUACAGAGGGAACCUUUGAUGAGUUCUUUG